AUGCGAGCGACAGGAGAAGGAGGAGAUGAAUUAACAGAAAGAGAAGAAUUGCUGGAAGAACUGAUGCAAAUUGAAGAGGAAACAGACUUACAUAUGGAAGAAGAGAAUAUAGCAAGGAAGGAAGUGAUUGAAAUGGAGAAAGCGAAAGGAACGGAAAUGCGAGAGCGGGCAAUGGAGUGUUUUGGGGAGUCAAGAAAGAGGUUGGCCGAGCAAUUGGGGAAGGAGAAAGGGGCAAAGAGGAGAACAUCAGGAGAGGUAUUUGAGUGGUUAGGCAAGAGGAUGGGACUGGAAACAGAAAAUAAGGAAAAAGAGCGAAUGGAAAGAAAAGAGGAAAGAAAAUUUCAACGUGAGCAAAUACAGCAGCAGCAGGAUCAGCAACAGCAGCAGUUUGCAAUGCUACUAUG